AUGUUUCAUCAUUGCAGCCCCCGAGGUCGUCCCGAGUCACGUCGGCACCCUGCGGCGAGGACGCUAAAGGAUGACACGGAGGACAGGACCUGCAGGACUCGCUGUGACCUCAGCAGUCGGACGUUGCGUCGCUGGAACCGAGUCUGUCGCAGGAACUGUCGCACUGCUGUGAAAUCGGUGACGUUCUAUUGGCUCGUUCUGCUGCUCGUCUUCCUCAACACGUCCCUCAGUGCCUCCGAGCACUAUGACCAACCUGAUUGGCUGACGCAGGUUCAAGACAUCGCCAACAAGGUGCUGCUGUCUCUGUUCACGGUGGAGAUGCUGUUGAAGAUGUACAGUCUGGGUCUGGCUCAUUACUUCGUGGCGUUCUUCAACCGCUUCGACUGCUUCGUGGUGUGCGGCGGCAUCGUGGAGACCAUCCUGGUGGAGCUGGAGAUAAUGCCUCCUCUGGGGAUCUCCGUGCUGCGCUGCGUCCGCCUGCUCAGGAUCUUCAAGGUGACACGCCAUUGGACGGCUCUGUCCAAUCUGGUGGCGUCCCUGCUGAACUCCAUGAAGUCCAUCGCCUCCCUGCUGCUGCUGCUUUUCCUCUUCCUCAUCAUCUUCGCUCUGCUCGGCAUGCAGCUGUUCGGAGGGAAGUUCAACUUCGACGAGACGCAGACCAAACGCAGCACCUUCGACGCCUUCCCGCAGGCCCUGCUCACCUGCUUCCAGAUCCUGACGGGAGAAGACUGGAACGUGGUGAUGUACGAUGGCAUCAUGGCGUACGGCGGCCCCGUGUUUCCAGGGAUGAUCGUCUGUGUUUACUUCGUCAUCCUCUUCAUCUGCGGUAACUACAUCCUGCUGAACGUCUUCUUGGCCAUCGCUGUGGACAACCUGGCAGGAGGAGACGGAGACGACAAGAGUAAAGAGAAGAAGACGGAGGGAGCGGGGGAGGAGGAGGAGGAGGAAGAACAGGCUGAAGAGGAAGAAGUGAAGGUGAAUGCAGAGGUUGACAUCGAUGGAGACACCGAGUACGAGGAGGAAGAGGAGCUCCCUGAAGGAGAGGAAGAUGGAGGAGUCCAGCUAAAGAUGGCCGACCUGGCUCCUCCUAAAGAGAAGAUUCUUCCAAUCCCAGAAGGCAGUGCGUUCUUCUGCCUCAGCAAGACAAACCCGAUCCGUGUGGCCUGUCACACUCUGAUCCACCACCACAUCUUCACCAACCUCAUCCUCGUCUUCAUCAUCCUCAGCAGCUGCUCAUUGGCUGCUGAGGAUCCAAUCAGAGCCCACUCUUUCAGGAACAAUAUUCUGGGUUAUGCAGACUACGCCUUCACCUCCAUCUUCACUGUGGAGAUUCUGUUAAAGAUGACCGUCCACGGAGCGUUCCUCCACCAGGGCUCGUUCUGCAGAAACUGGUUUAACUUGUUGGAUCUGCUGGUCGUCAGCGUCUCACUGGUCUCCUUCUUCCUUCACUCCAGUGCAAUCUCUGUGGUGAAGAUCCUCAGAGUACUCCGGGUGCUCCGACCUCUGAGAGCCAUCAACAGAGCCAAAGGACUUAAGCAUGUGGUCCAGUGUGUGUUCGUGGCCAUUAGGACGAUCGGAAACAUCAUGAUCGUCACAACUCUGCUACAGUUCAUGUUCGCCUGCAUCGGAGUUCAACUCUUCAAGGGUAAAUUUUAUCGCUGCACAGACGAGGCCAAAAACACUCCUGAACAGUGCAAAGGGACCUUCGUGGUGUAUAAAGAUGGAGACGUGAGCCAUCCGAUGGUCAGAGAAAGAAUCUGGCUGAACAGCGAAUUUAACUUUGACAACGUGUUGAUGGGGAUGAUGGCGCUCUUCACCGUGUCCACCUUCGAGGGUUGGCCCGCGCUGCUGUAUAAAGCCAUUGAUGCUAACGGGGAGAACUCUGGUCCCAUCUAUAACUACCGAGUGGAGAUCUCCAUCUUCUUCAUCGUCUACAUCAUCAUCAUCGCUUUCUUCAUGAUGAACAUCUUCGUGGGUUUCGUCAUCAUCACUUUCAGGGAGCAGGGAGAGCAGGAGUACAAGAACUGUGAGCUGGACAAGAACCAGCGGCAGUGUGUGGAGUACGCUCUGAAGGCUCAGCCACUGAAACUUUACAUCCCAAAGAAUCCGGUUCAGUAUAAGUUCUGGUCCAUCAUUAACUCCACAGGAUUCGAGUAUGUCAUGUUCGUCCUCAUCCUGCUUAACACCGUAACUCUGGCUGUUCAGCACUAUGAACAGUCCAAAACCUUUAGCCAUGUCAUGGACAUCCUCAACAUGGUGUUUACUGGACUCUUCACUGUGGAGAUGCUGCUUAAGCUGCUCGCUCUCAGACUCAGGCAUUACUUUAUAGACGCCUGGAACUCGUUCGAUGCUCUCAUCGUGGUCGGCAGCGUUGUCGACAUUGUCGUCACCGAGUUCAGUAGUGGGGAAGACAGCUCUCGGGUUUCGAUCACCUUCUUCCGUCUGUUUCGAGUGAUGCGAUUGGUCAAGCUGCUGAGUAAAGGCGAGGGGAUUCGUACACUGCUGUGGACAUUCAUCAAAUCACUACAGGCUCUUCCGUAUGUCGCUCUGCUCAUCGCCAUGAUCUUCUUUAUCUACGCCGUCAUCGGGAUGCAGACGUUUGGAAAGGUCGCGAUGCAGGAUCAUACUCAGAUCAACAGAAACAACAACUUCCAGACGUUUCCUCAGGCUGUUCUCCUCCUCUUCAGAUGUGCUACAGGUGAGGCGUGGCAGGAGAUCAUGUUGGCGAGCCUUCCGGGUAAACGCUGCGACCCUGAGUCCGACUAUGAACCGGGAGAGGAGUUCAGCUGCGGCAGCAACUUCGCCAUCAUUUACUUCAUCAGCUUCUUCAUGCUGUGUGCUUUCCUGAGUGAAGACGUCCAGCAGGACAAAACAAUGAUCCAAAAGAGACUCAUUCAGUUUUUAUUCUUGGUUGUUCUCAUAUUACUGAUCUUCCUUGAUGUUGAUGUGAGGCACCUUGCGUUCACCUGGAUUCCCAAGAUAAUCAGCAACGCUACAGGUGUUUCCCAGGUUUCUGAGAUCGAGAACGUCUCAACGUCUGAGCCACCAACGCCAGUUCCUUAUGUGUCUCCGGGGCCGUACUUGGUGGAAUACCCCUACGAGUACCGCUUCAUUAUAAAUGAGCCAAAAAAAUGUGAGGAGCAGAAGCCGUUCCUGGUUCUGAUGGUCCCCGUGGCGCCCCACAACAGGGCGCAUCGUCACAUCAUCCGCAGCACCUGGGGAGGCGAGAGCUCUGUACAGGGCAAAGUGGUGAAGCUGUUCUUCCUGCUGGGGCUGCAGACGUUCAGCAGUUAUGAGUCUCGCCACUCUUCCGGUCGCUCCUCAGCAGCCUCCUCAGCGUCCUGGGCGAACCCGUGUCCUCGCCGUGGUCGCCUCCUCUAUGCUCCCCUCAUCUUGGUGGAGGAGGAAGGCAGCCCUCCCUGGGGGGGAGGAGGAGGAGGAGGAGGGGGAGGAGGAGGAGAGUUGAAGAAGGCAGGAGCAGGAAGAGGUGUCAGUGUGACAGGUGCAGCACCCAGACCGGCCUGGUACGGAGGCCCUGCAGGGACAUCAGCUCCGCCUCCAUACAGAGCGUACACCACCCUCAGAGUUCCCUCGCAGCUCGGCGCCCAGCUCACGGAGAAACGUGGCUCAGCGGACAGUCUGGUGGAGGCGGUUCUGAUCUCCGAGGGUCUCGGCCUUUACGCUCGGGAUCCAAAGUUCGUAGCGUUCGCCAAGCGGGAGAUCGCUGAUGCGUGUCACAUGACGGUGGACGAGAUGGAGUCGGCCGCCAGCGACCUCCUUGGCACGGGGAGCCACGGGUUACUCGGCAACGCCCCGGCUGACCCCGCCGCGCUCUACAGCGACGAGGAGCCAAUCAGGACGGGACGAGACGAGGAUGAGCUGGCCGACGAGAUGACCUGUGUGACAUCAUUCUGAUGGGCUAAAGCUCUGGACCAAUCAGGAAUGAGACAGACUGGCAUCAGUGAUUGAUAAGACAUUUGACCAAUCAGAUGACAGGACAGGGAAAAAAGAAAAAGAGAGAGAAUAGAGGAUAAAGGUCAUAAUGGAGGUUUUACUGUUGACAUUUUAUGGACUGAGAUAAUCAGAGGAAGGAAGGAAGGAAGGAAGG